AAAAAAUUGUGACGAUUGUAAGUGUAUUCUUUGUGGGCAUUUACCAAGAGCAGAAAGACGAUUUGAUGAACAUCGCAAGUCUCCAUCUAAGUUGGCAAAUGUUGGUGUCGGUGUAAAGGAAAAAAAGAGAGUUGUAAAAAAAAGUGUCCUGUCAUUGAAAGGAAAAACAAAGUCUGAAAUGGAAAACAAGUUAAGAGAAGCGGCAUUGGCGGGUGUACGCUUGCCAGAAGGUAAAACGAAGUCAGAGAAACAAAUAAUCCAGAAAGUUAAAACAGAUUUAGGAUUGCCACAACUAGGAAAAACAAAAUCAGAAAAAGAAAUAUUAGAUAAUGCACAUGCUGCAGGACUUAUUAUACCUCUAGAAGGAAAAAAUAACGAUGAAAAAGAAACAAUUUUACGAAUGCAAGCUAAACUAGGUAUACCUCUGCCCGAAGGAAGGACCAAAUCGGAAAAGGCGUUGAUAAAACAAAUUAAAUCAACCCAACCAACGAAAAUCGAUGCCGCCGAAAAACUGAGAAAAGCCAAAGAAAACGGCUAUUUAACACCAAUAAAUGGUAAAUCACUGCAAGAUAAAGAGAAAAUUAUAAAAGGCUUGGCGAUGCUUGGCUUACCAUUACCAAAAGGUGUAUCAGAGUCUGAAAAUAAUAUUAUUGAUAAGGUUCGUAAAGAUGUAGGAUUGCCCAUAGAACCAAAAACAUCAAAAGAAAGAAAAAUUUACAAUAAAGGUAUAGCAGUAGGGAUAAUAACUCCACUUGAAGGUAAAUCUAAUCGACAAAAAGAGAAAAUAAUCAAACAACAAGCUAUGUUUGGCGUUCCCUUACCAGAAGGACGCACAGCCUCAGAAAAGUCGCUUAUAGCUAAAAUAAAGAAAAGAAGCAAACCAUUAUCUGUAACUUCUGCUACAUCAGAAGUUAUUUCUAUCCCUUCUGCAAAAAUAAAAAAAGCAAAAGCUGAAGGACUUUUUACGCCUUUGAAAGAUAAAAACGUAGUACAAAGAGAAAACAUUUUAAAAGGCCUUGCAUUUUACGGAAUUCCUCUGCCAAAGGGUGAGACCGAUUCUCAGCAAAAUUUAAUUAAUAAAGUUCGUCGAGAUUUAGGCUUACCACUAGAACCAAAAACACCCGCCGAAAAGAAAAAAUAUAAAAAAGCAGCAGCUGCAGGGUUAAUAGUUCCCUUAGAAGGAAAAUCAAAAGCUGAAAAGGAAAAAUUGCUGCAAGAACAAGCUAGUCUUGGGAUUAAUUUGCCAGAGGGGCGUACCACUUCUGAAAAGUCGUUGAUCAAAAAAAUUAAAAAAAAAGCAAAACUACCCUCAGAAACAUCUGCUCCAUCAGAAGUUUUAAAAAUUCCCUCAGAAAAAAUUAAGAAAGCAAAAGCAGAAGGCCUAUUGACCCCUUUACAAGGUAAAAGCCCAGAACAAAAAGAAAAAAUUCUGAGGGGGCUUGCAAUGAACGGGAUUCCUUUACCGAAAGGAAAAUCAGAUUCUGAACGAAAUGUCAUUGAAAAGGUGCGUCAAGAGUUAGGUUUACCACGAGAACCAAAAACGCCCUCUGAAACAAAAAAAUACAAAAAAGCAGCAGCUGCAGGCUUACUAGUUCCCUUGGAAGGAAAAACAACAACUGAAAAAGAAAAAUUGCUAAAAGAUCAAGCUAAUUUUGGUAUUAAUUCGCCAAAUGGACGUACUACUUCUGAAAAGGCAUUGAUCAAAAAAGUAAAGGAAGAAGCAAAAUUACCCUCAGAAACUUCUGUUCCGUCAGCAGUUUUCAAAAUUCCCUCAGCAAAAGUUAAGAAAGCAAAAGCAGAAGGCCUAUUGACCCCCUUACAAGGUAAAAGCCCAGAUCAAAAAGAAAAAAUUCUGAGAGGGCUUGCAAUGAACGGGAUUCCUUUACCGAAAGGAAAAUCAGAUUCUGAACGAAAUGUCAUUGAAAAAGUGCGUCAAGACUUAGGUUUACCACUAGAACCAAAAACACCCUCAGAAACAAAAAAGUACAAAAAAGCAGCAGCUGCAGGCUUACUAGUUCCCUUGGAAGGAAAAACAAAAGCUGAAAAAGAAAAAUUGUUAAAAGAUCUAGCAAAUCUUGGUAUUAAUUUGCCAAAUGGACGUACUACAUCUGAAAAGGCAUUGAUCAAAAAAAUAAAGGAAGAAGCAAAAUUACCCUCAGAAACUUCUGUUCCGUCAGAAGUUUUCAAAAUUCCCCCAGCAAAAAUUAAGAAGGCAAAAGCAGAAGGCCUUAUGACCCCUUUACAAGGUAAAAGCCCAGAACAAAAAGAAAAAAUUCUGAGAGGGCUUGCAAUGAACGGAAUUCCCUUACCGAAAGGAAAAUCAGAUUCUGAACGAAAUGUCAUUGAAAAGGUGCGUCAAGACUUAGGUUUACCACUAGAACCAAAAACGCUCUCAGAAACAAAAAACUACAAAAAAGCAGCAGCUGCAGGCUUACUAGUUCCCUUGGAAGGAAAAACAAAAGCUGAAAAAGAAAAAUUGUUAAAAGAUCUAGCAAAUCUUGGUAUUAAUUUGCCAAAUGGACGUACUACAUCUGAAAAGGCAUUGAUCAAAAAAAUAAAGGAAGAAGCAAAAUUACCCUCAGAAACUUCUGUUCCGUCAGAAGUUCUCAAAAUUCCUCCAGAAAAAAUUAAGAAGGCAAAAGCAGAAGGCCUUAUGACCCCUUUACAAGGUAAAAGCCCAGAACAAAAAGAAAAAAUUCUGAGAGGGCUUGCAAUGAACGGGAUUCCUUUACCGAAAGGAAAAUCAGAUUCUGAACGAAAUGUCAUUGAAAAGGUGCGUCAAGACUUAGGUUUACCACUAGAACCAAAAACGCUCUCAGAAACAAAAAACUACAAAAAAGCAGCAGCUGCAGGCUUACUAGUUCCCUUGGAAGGAAAAACAAAAGCUGAAAAAGAAAAAUUGCUUAAAGAUCAAGCAAAUCUUGGUAUUCGUUUGCCAAAUGGACGUACUACAUCUGAAAAGGCAUUGAUCAAAAAAGUAAAGGAAGAAGCAAAAUUACCCUCAGAAACUUCUGUUCCGUCAGAUGUUUUUAAAAUUCCCUCAGCAAAAAUUAAGAAAGCAAAAGCAGAAGGCCUUAUGACCCCUUUACAAGGUAAAAGCCCAGAACAAAAAGAAAAAAUUCUAAGAGGGCUUGCAAUGAACGGGAUUCCUUUACCGAAAGGAAAAUCAGAUUCUGAACGAAAUAUUAUUGAAAAAGUGCGUCAAGACUUAGGUUUACCAUUAGAACCAAAAACGCCCUCUGAAAUAAAAAAGUACAGAAAAGGAGCAGCUGCAGGGUUAAUAGUUCCCUUAGAUGGAAAAACAAAAGCUGAAAAGGAAAAAUUGCUGCAAGAACAAGCUAGUCUCGGGAUUAAUUUGCCAGAGGGGCGUACCACUUCUGAAAAGUCGUUGAUCAAAAAAAUUAAAAAAAAAGCAAAACUACCCGCAGAAACAUCUGCUCCGUCAGAAGUUUUAAAAAUUCCCUCAGCAAAAAUUAAGAAAGCAAAAGCAGAAGGCCUAUUCACCCCUUUACAAGGUAAAAGCCCAGAACAAAAAGAAAAAAUUCUGAGAGGGCUUGCAAUGAACGGGAUUCCUUUACCGAAAGGAAAAUCAGAUUCUGAACGAAAUGUCAUUGAAAAGAUGCGUCAAGACUUAGGUUUACCACUAGAACCAAAAACGCCCUCAGAAAAAAAAAAGUACAAAAAAGCAGCAGCUGCCGGCUUACUAGUUCCCUUGGAAGGAAAAACAAAAGCUGAAAAAGAAAAAUUGUUAAAAGAUCAAGCAAAGCUUGGUAUUAAUUUGCCAAAUGGACGUACUACAUCUGAAAAGGCAUUGAUCAGAAAAGUAAAGGAAGAAGCAAAAUUACCCUCAGAAACUUCUGAUUCUUCAGAAGUUCUCAAAAUUCCUCCAGAAAAAAUUAAGAAGGCAAAAGCAGAAGGCCUUAUGACCCCUUUACAAGGUAAAAGCCCAGAACAAAAAGAAAAAAUUCUGAGAGGGCUUGCAAUGAACGGGAUUCCUUUACCGAAAGGAAAAUCAGAUUCUGAACGAAAUGUCAUUGAAAAGGUGCGUCAAGACUUAGGUUUACCACUAGAACCAAAAACACCCUCAGAAACAAAAAAGUACAAAAAAGCAGCAGCUGCAGGCUUACUAGUUCCCUUGGAAGGAAAAACAAAAGCUGAAAAAGAAAAAUUGUUAAAAGAUCUAGCAAAUCUUGGUAUUAAUUUGCCAAAUGGACGUACUACAUCUGAAAAGGCAUUGAUCAAAAAAAUAAAGGAAGAAGCAAAAUUACCCUCAGAAACUUCUGUUCCGUCAGAAGUUCUCAAAAUUCCUCCAGAAAAAAUUAAGAAGGCAAAAGCAGAAGGCCUUAUGACCCCUUUACAAGGUAAAAGCCCAGAACAAAAAGAAAAAAUUCUGAGAGGGCUUGCAAUGAACGGGAUUCCUUUACCGAAAGGAAAAUCAGAUUCUGAACGAAAUGUCAUUGAAAAGGUGCGUCAAGACUUAGGUUUACCACUAGAACCAAAAACACCCUCAGAAACAAAAAAGUACAAAAAAGCAGCAGCUGCAGGCUUACUAGUUCCCUUGGAAGGAAAAACAAAAGCUGAAAAAGAAAAAUUGUUAAAAGAUCUAGCAAAUCUUGGUAUUAAUUUGCCAAAUGGACGUACUACAUCUGAAAAGGCAUUGAUCAAAAAAAUAAAGGAAGAAGCAAAAUUACCCUCAGAAACUUCUGUUCCGUCAGAAGUUCUCAAAAUUCCUCCAGAAAAAAUUAAGAAGGCAAAAGCAGAAGGCCUUAUGACCCCUUUACAAGGUAAAAGCCCAGAACAAAAAGAAAAAAUUCUGAGAGGGCUUGCAAUAAACGGAAUUCCUUUACCGAAAGGAAAAUCAGAUUCUGAACGAAAUGUCAUUGAAAAGGUGCGUCAAGACUUAGGUUUGCCACUAGAACCAAAAACGCCCUCAGAAACAAAAAACUACAAAAAAGCAGCAGCUGCAGGCUUACUAGUUCCCUUGGAAGGAAAAACAAAAGCUGAAAAAGAAAAAUUGCUUAAAGAUCAAGCAAAUCUUGGUAUUCGUUUGCCAAAUGGACGUACUACAUCUGAAAAGGCAUUGAUCAAAAAAGUAAAGGAAGAAGCAAAAUUACCCUCAGAAACUUCUGUUCCGUCAGAAUUUUUAAAAAUUCCCUCAGCAAAAAUUAAGAAAGCAAAAGCAGAAGGCCUAUUUACACCCCUCAUAGGUAAAAGUCCUGAAAUAAGAGAAAAAAUUUUAAGAGGUUUAGCAAUGAAUGGCAUUCCUCUACCUGAAGCAAAAUCAGAAUCUGAACGUAAAUUAGUUGAUAAAGUUCGAAAAGAUUUAGGUUUACCAGGUGAACCAAAAACAAGAGCUGACAAAAGCAAAUACAAAAAAGCAGUAGCUGCUGGACUUAUUACACCAUUAGAAGGAAAAUCAUUUCCAGAAAAAGAAAAAUUGUUAAAAGGUAUGGUUAAUGCAGGAUUUUCCCUUCCUGAAGGCCGUACUACAUCUGAAAAAUUAUUAAUUGCAAGGAUUCACGACACUGGAAAAAAGAUUAAGAAAGCGAAAGCAGAAGGCCUUUUAACCCCUUUGCAAGGAAAAUCGAAUGAAAGUAAAGAAAAAAUUCUAAGGGGUCUAGCAAUGCAUGGAAUUCCUCUACCAGAGGGACAAACACCUUCUGAAAAUGCAAUAAUUGAUAAAGUUCGUGAUGAUUUGGGUUUACCAAUUCCUCCAACUAUAGGAUCAGAUAAAGAAAAAUAUGCUAAAGCCCAAGCUACCGGUAUAAUAACCCCACUUGAAGGUAAAUUAAAGCCAGAAAAAGAAAAAAUCUUAAGAGCUCAGGCAGCACUUGGUAUUCCAUUACCUAAAGGACGAACUCCAUCAGAGCGAGUAUUAAUAAAAAGAAUUAUUGAGACACCACCAGAACAACUAAUAUUUAGCGAAAUACCAAAGGAAGAUAAAGAAAAAAUUUUAAAAGAUUUAGCAAUGCAGGGAGAAGUCUUCCCUGUACCAGCAAAUGACUCUGAAAAGAAAAUUUUAGAAAAAGUCAGAAGAGACCUAGGUCUUCCCCCUGAACCUAAGUCUACUUUGGAAAAAAACAAAUACAACAAAGCUCAAGCUGCAGGUAUAAUAGUUCCCUUACAGGGAAAAUCCCGAUCGCAAAGAGAAAUAAUAUUACAAAAGGAGGCUGAUUUUGGACUUGAACUUCCAGAAGGGAGAACAGCAUCAGAGAAAGAAUUAGUAAAUAAUGUAAAAAGGAGAAGAAUAAAAAGAUUAAAUUACUUAAAAAAACUGGAUACUAAGACGGCAAAAAAUAUUACAGAAGGGAAAGGUCCUAGUGAUGAAUGUAUAUGUGGAUUGCUAACUCCAGAAGCUCCAAUAGAUACCAAGAAAGAAAAAACACUUCCAUCUGAAAUUCUGAAAGAUGCUGCGGAUGCAGGUCUCUUCACGCCAUUAAAAGGAAAAAGUCCAGAACAAAAAGAAAAAAUAAUUAAAGGACUAGCUUUACAAGGGCUGCCACUUCCUAAGGAAGAAUCGCCUUCAGACAAAAUCCUUAUUGAUAAAGUUAGAAAAGAAAUCGGACUACCCCCUGAACCAAAAUCUUCAUUACUUAAAGAUAAAUAUAAUCUUGCUCAGAUAGCGGGUAUAAUUACACCACUCGAGGGAAAAACAAAGGCAGAAAAGAAAAAGAUUCUCACUAAACUGGCAGAACUAGGAAUACCCUUACCUGAAGGUAGAUCAAAUUCAGAAACAGAUUUAAUAAAUGAGAUAAGUGCAACAGUGCCGAGAAGGAUUACAUCUGAUAAAUUUCGCAAGGCUAGGUCAGAUGGUUUAUUAACACCAAUUACCGGUAAGCCGUUUAGUGAAAAGGAAAGAAUAUUGAGAGCCUUAGCUACUCUAGGAUUGCCCUUGCCUGUGGGGAAAACGUCGUCUGAAAAAAAAAUUAUUCAUAAAAUUAAAUCAGAUUUGGGUGUGACGACAGUACCUAUCCCACCAGAAAAAUUGCAACAAGCCAAAGCUGCAGGACUUUUAACACCUUUGACAGGAAAAACUGAGUCUCAAAAGAAAAAAAUUGUCAAAGAGCUGGCGUUACUUGGCAUCCCCAUACCCAAAGCACAAACAGUUUCAGAUAAGAAAAUUAUAGAGAAAGUUAGAAAAGACGUAGGGCUUCCACCAGAGCCCAAGACCUCUUCUCUAAGAGAUAAAUACAAAUAUGCUGAACUAGCUGGCAUAAUCAAGCCUCUUGAAGGGAAAACACCAGUAGAAAAGAAAAAUCUACUUACUAAGCAAGCAGAAAUAGGUAUUCCUCUACCUGAAGGAAGAACACAAUCAGAGAAAGAUCUUAUAAGAAUGAUUCAAGCCAGUGUGCCCAAAAAGGUAACUUCUGAAAAAAUUCGAAAGGCAAUGGCCGCCGGUAUUCUGACACCGAUUACUGGUAAGUCACAGAAUGAAAAGGAAAGAAUAUUGAGAGUUUUAGCUUCUGAAGGCUUGCCAUUACCGGAAGGGCAAACAACUUCUGAUAAAAAAUUAAUACAAAAAAUUAAAUCGGAAAUGGGUAUAACCUCAAGUCUUAUCCCAUCUGAAAUACUGCGUAAGGCUAAAGCCGCGGGACUUCUCACUCCAUUAAAAGGUAAAACUUAUCCACAAAAAGAAAAAGUAGUGAAAGGUCUAGCAUUGCAUGGGAUUCCGUUGCCUACAGCACAAACAGCUUCAGAAAAACAAAUUAUAGAUAAGGUAAGGAAAGAUGUUGGGCUGCCACCAGAACCGAAAUCCUCAUCAGUCAAAAAUAGAUAUAAGCAGGCACAGAAAUCUGGAUUCAUUACUCCUCUAGAAGGUAAAUCAAAAGCACAAAAAGAAAACAUUUUAAGAAAACAGGCCGCCAUGGGUAUACCUUUACCAGAAGGUCGAACGCAAUCUGAAAAAGACCUCAUAAACAAAAUUCGUAAGGAAAUUCCUAAGCAUGUUGCCUCUGAACGAUUACGAAAAGCAAAGGCAGCUGGGUUAUUAACGCCAUUGAGAGGAAAAACACCGGAAGAGAAAUCUAAAAUUUUAGAAAAAUUAGCUAAAUCUGGAUUGCCUCUUCCGGAGGGAAAAACUCCUUCAGAAAAGCUAUUAAUUUCAAAACUGCGGUCCGAAAUGGGCAUUCCUUUGGACGGAAUUUCUUCUGAAAUGCUUCGAAAGGCAGAAGCAGCUGGUCUUAUUACACCACUGACUGGUAAAUCAAUUCAACAAAAGGAAAAAAUUUUAAAAGGUCGAGUAGCUGCUGGAUUACCUCUUCCUAAGGGAAUGUCUCCCUCAGACCAAGCAUUGGUUAAAAAAUUUAAAGAGAAAACUGAGAACAUCUCUCCAUUGACUAAAAAAAGUAAGAUUAGCAUACCUUCGGAAAAAAUUAAAGCUGCGAAGGAAGCUGGUUUAAUAACUCCGUUAAAAGGAAAAAGCCCUGAACAAAAGGAAAAGAUUAUCAAAGGAUUAGCAAUGCGAGGAAUCCCAUUACCUCGCCCAGAAACCCCCUCUGAAAUUGAAAUCGUAGACAAAGUAAGGAAAGAUGUCGGUCUGCCCCAAGAACCAAAGUCAUCAUCUCUUAGAGAAAAAUAUAAACUUGGUCAUGUGGCUGGUAUAAUGACACCUCUAGAAGGAAAAACAGCGUCACAAAAGAAAAUUAUACUUAGAAAACAAGCAGAACUGGGUAUUCCCUUACCGGAAGGUAGGACAAAAUCAGAGAAAGAUAUCAUAAAAGCGAUACAAGACACGAUACCCAAAAAGGUAACAUCUGAAAAAAUCCGAAAAUCAAAAGCCACUAGAACUCUUACUGGUAAACGUACUGCUGAAGGCUUACCAUUGCGUGAAGGUAAAACAAGUUCGGAGAAAAAAAUUGUAAAAAAAAUUCAAUCUGAUAUGAGUAUAAUUGCGGUACCCAAUCUAUCAGACAAAUUAAAAAAAGCUAAGGCUGCAGGUCUUCUUACACCGCUGAAAGGAAAAACAGUGCCCGAAAAAGAGAAAAUUUUAAAAAGAUUAGCAUUGCUUGGCAUACCCUUACCUAAGGGGCAAACAGCAUCCGAAAAAAAAAUCAUUGACAAGGUUUGGAAAGAUGUAGGCCUUCCUCCGGAACCAAAAACAUCUUUGAUUAAAAAUAAAUAUCGUGAGGCUCAAUUAAAUGGUAUAAUCACACCCUUAGAAGGCAAAUCAGUUUCACAAAAAGAAAAUAUUCUCAUGAAACUAGCCGAAAUGGGCAUACCAUUGCCCGAGGGCCGCACUAAAACUGAAAAAGAUUUGAUUGCAAAAGUACAAGCAAAAUUCCCAGCCGACUUGUAUGAAAAAGGAGUUCAAACAAAAUCAAGAAAAGUGGGGUUAGGACCAGUAAAAAGGAGUGAAAUUGGGGUUGGUGUAAGUGGAAAAUCACAGGCUGGUAUCCGCGAAAAAUUCGAAGAUAUAGUCAAAACUACAAAAUGUGAUCGAGGGUGUGGUUGUGAUAGGAAGAAAAUAAGGUUUAAACACAGUUAUGUAAAAAUAAGAGUAACUUCACCAGAUAUAUCCUCUCUCUGUCCAUGUCCUGAUGAAUGUCUGCCAGGAGUAAAAACUGGUGUUUUUACUGAUAGUGAAGGUAUAAAAGUAACAGUUGGACAUGCUACAGGAAGUACAUCUUUUGAUUAUAAAAAAUGGCGCGUUCAAACAGGCUCCAGAUCUCAUCUAACUCUGACAGAUUUAACAGAAAAAAAGAAUUCUAAAUUCCACUUAAAACUUACGCAUAACGAUAAGAAAGUCUUAAGUACAACUAGAUCCUACCCUUAUCUAAAAAAAUAUUUAAAAGCAGCUAGAUAUGCACAAAAUUCAGUAAGCCAUGUAGAAACUGUAACAGAUGUAACAUCGAAUAUAACAACAUCAUCAAAUAGUAUAUUUUCAUUUUGCUUUGGGAGGAAAAGUUCCUCCGCAAGUUUUAAAACAAAUACCAGUCUUAAUUCAGAUGAUAUGAUAAGUAUGAUAUCAUAUUCAAUCAGUUCUUCGAUCUCCAGUAGUAUAAGUGAAGAAACUGACUUAUUGAAUUACCUUUAUUGCAAGAAAAAAGAAAAAAUAUCAGUCGAAGAUUUACUAAAUGAAUACUCCACAAAUCUUAAGUACAGGGAUAUCAAACGCUUACCAUCGUCUAAAAUUGUGAUAUACACAACAACAUUAUCAGAUCCUGCACUAAGCACGCAUUAUUCGAGGAUUAAUGAUGAACCAACUAAUAUAAACGAAAGUGAACAAUUACUUGACUUCCUAGAUGAAAUUAUAUUCAGAUCAGAUCCAGAGGACUCAUCAUCAUCCUACUAUGUAGUUGUGUCAUCAUCAUCAACCGAAAAUAGUAGUUCAACAUGUCUGUUACCAUGGAACACCAGCUCUACGAUAUAUAUUAAGCUUCGUGAAAAUGAAUCUACUCAGGAUCAAAAACCUAGAAUAGAUGUUCGUGGCAUAAAAUUUUCUACUCAUUCUGAUGGCCUUAAAUUUUCCGAAUAUGUAAUAAAUGAUAAGGUAAAUGCUGAAACAAUACAAAAAUGUUGUUUUGAUGAGAAAGCUAAUGGUCACGAUUAUUGUCAAAGAGAAAUGAUUUUAAAACAAACUACCCGAUACGAAAAAUCAUGUGAAACUAGAACUGAUACCACUCAAGAUAAUCCCUGCAAUUAUAAGAUUAAUAAGACAAUAGAAGUGGGAGUGCAGAGUCAAAGUGAAAACGUAACUUGUCAAAGUGAACUAAAAUGUCAAUGUGAAUUAGAUAAGCUUAAAACAUUGAUAGAGAAUAUUUGUAGGGAUUUGAUUUAUUCAACCAUAAUGGAAAAUAAUUUAAUUGCAACUGAAAAUAUGAAACUUAACACAGAAAAAAACCAAUGGUGUCAUCCUAAGCCUGUCAAGGAGCCUCCAGAAUAUUAUAAAUAUAAGCUUAACAGUAAUUCGAAUUUAACAGAAUCCAUCAAGUGUCCUUGCGAGGAAUGUGCAUUAUCAACAAGAAACAAUAACUGUGAGAACUACGACACAUACAGUCGAGUUAAGAGUAAAGAAAAAAGAAAAUUGAAAAAUAGUAAAGUGGUGUGUGACUGUCCUCCUCCAGAAGAAGAGGAAGAAGAAGAAUUUGAUCCAAUCAUGUUUAUUGAUGAUAGAAAAAUACGACAAUUCAGGUCCCACAUGUCACAAAGCAUGUCUGGUUUUAAGCUAAAUGUAGUCCGCAAAGGACAAAUGGGUGAAGAUAAUUUUGCUAAUAAUUGUUCAUUUAAUGAAAGUGUAGAUGUACAGGAGCCACCAAAUAAAUUUAGAAAUAACGACUGCAAAUGUCCAAAAUCAAAUGAUCCCAAUGUAAUAUGCCCACCAAGUCUAAGUCAGCCCACUCAAUUAAGAGGACUUAAGCUUCAUAUUGAUGGCAAAGGUUCGUUAUCGAAGGGGCUAAAUGGUGUAUUGUGUUUUGAAGUGUUGUCAGAACAUUGAACAGUUAUGUGCGUAAAAUUAGUUUAUUCUGAUUAAAUUUAAUUACGUAUGU